UCCUUUUACUGGCACCAACUAAGGGGCUUUCGAAGAAAUCAAAACCAACAAAGUUGCUUCCUUCUCUGCGGAGUACUGCCAGGAUCGUAUUGGCGAGACGAGCCCCGUCACCCCCUUUUCCCCUUUCACCUUGACGUUUCUCUACGAAGUAAUAUAUCUAAUCCAAGGUACCUUAAUACCGUCGUAUCGCCAUGGCCGAAUCCACACGUAAUGACUCCUCGAACGAGUCCCUCAGCCCCUUCGGCGUUGCGCGAGCCACCAUCCAGGGCAAGCCGUUGUCCCAGCAAGAGCUGGACCGUUAUAAUGAUUUCUUCAAGGCCAGCCUGUAUCUCUGUCUCGGCAUGAUAUAUCUUCGUGCCAACCCCUUAUUGCGUGAGCCGCUGGUCAAGGACCACCUCAAGCUACGCCUCCUCGGCCACUUCGGUUCCACACCGGGACAGACCCUCGCCUACAUGCACUUCAACCGUCUCAUCAAGAAGUACGACCUCAAUGCCAUAUACAUUUCCGGUCCGGGCCACGGAGCACCAGCCGUCCUCGCCCAGUCCUACCUCGAGGGAGUCUACUCCGACAUCUACCCGGACUGCUCCCAGGACACCGAGGGGCUCCGUAGGUUCUUCAAGCAGUUCUCCUUCCCCGGCGGUAUCGGCUCCCAUGCGACCCCGGAGACCCCAGGCUCCAUCCACGAGGGCGGCGAGCUGGGCUACGCCAUUUCCCACGCCUUCGGCGCAGUCUUCGAUCAGCCCGACCUCAUCGCCUUGACCGUGGUCGGUGAUGGUGAAGCCGAGACGGGUCCCAUGGCCACCUCCUGGCACAGCAACAAGUUUCUCAACCCCAAGGUCGACGGUGCCGUCCUCCCCGUCCUUCACCUCAACGGGUACAAAAUCAACAACCCCACCGUGCUCGCCCGUAUCUCCCGCAAGGAGCUCGAGGACCUCUUCAACGGCUACGGUUGGGCGCCCCACUUCGUCGAAGGCGACGACCUCGACUCCAUGCAGCAGGCCAUGGCCGCCACCCUCGAACACUGCGUCAUCGAGAUCCGCCGUUUUCAGAAGGAGGCCCGCCACGCUUCUUCCUCACCGCGCCCGUCGUCGUCUUCCUAUCCAUCCCCUUCCUUUCCGGCCCGACCCCGAUGGCCCAUGAUCAUCCUCCGCACCCCCAAGGGCUGGACUGCCCCUCGUAAGAUCGACGGCAACUACCUCGAAGGUUUCUGGCGCGCCCACCAGGUUCCCAUCACCGACGUUGCCACCAACUCGGAACACCUGGCCAUCCUCGAGAAAUGGAUGCGCUCCUACGAGCCCCAGCGGCUUUUCCCCGACGGCCACCUCGUGCCCGAAUUGCGCGACAUGUGCCCCAAGGGCAACCGCCGCAUGAGCGCCAACCCCGUCGCCAACGGUGGCAUCAUCCGCCAGCAUCUCCGCUUACCGGAUUUUAGGGAGUACGCCAUCCCUGUCGAGCGCUCCGCUGGCGUCAGGGUCUCGAGCAUGCUGAACAUGGCCGGAUACCUUCGCGACGUCAUGGGCACGAACCCGCAUACUUUCCGCCUCUUCGGCCCGGACGAAACCCAGUCCAACAAGCUUGACAAGGUCUACGAGGUCGGCAAAAAGGUCUGGAUGGGCGAGUACUUCGAGGAGGACAAGAACGGCGGCAACCUCUCCCCCGAAGGCCGCGUCAUGGAGAUACUCUCCGAGCACACCUGCGAGGGUUGGCUCGAAGGCUACGUCCUCACCGGCCGGCACGGCCUCUUCAACAGCUACGAGCCUUUCAUCCCCAUCGUCAGCUCCAUGGUCAACCAGCACUGCAAGUGGAUCGAGAAGUGCCUCGAGGUCGAGUGGCGUCACAGGGUCUGCUCCCUCAACAUCCUCCUCACUGCCGUCGUCUGGCGCCAGGACCAUAACGGUUUCACCCACCAGGACCCUGGCUUUCUCGACGUCGUGGUCAACAAGAGCCCCGAGGUCGUCCGCGUCUACCUCCCCCCCGACGGCAACUGCCUCCUCUCCGUCAUGCACCACUGCUUUGCUAGCUCCAACUACGUCAACGUCAUCGUCGCCGACAAGCAGGAGCACCUACAGUACCUCACCAUGGAGGAGGCCAUUGAGCACUGCACCAAAGGCAUCGGCAUCUGGCCCCAGUUCAGCACCGACGCCGGCGCCGACCCGGACGUCGUCAUGGCGUCGUGCGGCGACGUCAGCACCCACGAGUCCAUUGCCGCCAUCGACCUCCUCCUGCGCCACUUCCCCGAGCUGCGCAUCCGCUGCGUCAACGUCGUCGACCUCUUCAAGCUGAUCUCGCAUAUCGACCACCCCCACGGACUCACCGAUCGCGAAUGGUGCGCCGCUUUCACCAGCAACCGUCCCAUCAUCUUCAACUUCCACUCGUACCCUUGGCUCGUCCACCGCCUCACAUACCGUCGCCCGGGCGCCUCGCAAAACCUCCACGUCCGCGGGUAUAAGGAGAAGGGGAACAUCGACACCCCGCUCGAGCUCGCCAUUCGGAACCAGACGGACCGCUUCAGCCUUGCCAUCGACGCCCUGGACCGUAUACCUCAUCUGGGCAACUCCCGCGCCGCCGCCCGCGAGUCCCUUCGGAACGAGCAGAUUCGGGCGAGAAAUGUUGCCUUCGAGACCGGGCAGGAUCCUCAUUCCCUCACCGAGUGGAUGUGGGACCGUGGAUUUAAGAAGUAGAGCACCUAGUCGUGGGCGCAUUCGAGUGGAUGGUGGGGAUACUGCAUCCGGACAGCAAUCUCGGAUUUCUUUGGGUCUCGAGGGUAAAACGGCUGUGCCGGCGCAGAGUGAGGGGAGUUGGGCCUAGGGGGUAAGAUAGUCUUGACAUGAUGUUACGCGUCGUUAUGGGGAUUUCGAUCUGAAGAGUACCCAAUCCUUUAUCAUACCAGCCUGCCUUCUUCGUCCUGUUGUCUUCGUCUCCCGGGAGGUGACCUUGACUUACUCAUCCAGGUCGGUCGAUGUGAGCUCGCACCCUGAGCUGUUUCACCCUGAUAUCGGUGAUAUGUUGCAGGAAAGAAAAGAAAAAAAAUUUAACAAAAAAAAAAGGGAGCAAGACAUGACGGCCGAGAUUCCCUUGCGUGGGUGGGAGGCAUGCAAAGGCAAGGCUUGCAUUGCAUCCCUGCAGCCGUCCUGCACCUCCCAGGGGUCA